CCCUGCAGGGCAUCAGCCUGAGGACUCUUUUCUCUGCUUCUUUCCCCAGAGAUUGGUGCUUCUGCUCGGAGUUGCCAGGAUGUGUGGCAGGUUCCUGAGGCAGCUGUUGGCUGAGGAGAGCCGGCACUCCACCCCCGUGGGACGCCUCCUGCUUCCGGUGCUCCUAGGAGUCCGUCUUGUGCUGCUGGCUGCCAGUGGGCCGGGGGUCUAUGGUGAUGAUCAGAGUGAAUUUGUGUGUCACCCUCAGCAACCAGGCUGCAAGGUGGCCUGCUAUGAUGCCUUCCACCCCCUCUCUCCAAUGCGCUUCUGGGCUUUCCAAGUCAUCUUGGUGGCUGUACCCAGUGCCCUCUAUCUGGGCUUCACCCUGUAUCAUGUGAUUGGUCACUGGGAAGAAUCAGGAAAGGUGAUGAAGAAGGAAGAGAUCCUGACCCACAAAGGGGACAGCAGCGGAAGGGUCUCAAUGGCUAGAAGCUUCAAGCUGCUCUGGGUCUAUGUGGCUCAGCUGUGUGCUCGGCUGGUCCUUGAAGGGGCAUCCCUGUGGGGGCAGUACCUUCUGUAUGGGUUCAACAUUCCCAGCUCCAUUUCAUGUCGCCAAGAGCCCUGCAUUGGCAGUGUAACCUGUAAUCUGUCCCGCCCCUCUGAGAAGACCAUCUUCCUAAAGACCAUGUUUGGGUUCACUGGUCUUUGUCUCCUGUUUACUUUUUUGGAGCUGGUGCUUCUGGGUUUGGGGAGAUGGUGGAGGAUCCUGAAGCACAAAUCUUCCUCUUCUAACUACUCUCCAACUUCAGAGAGUACCACAAGACACAAGGAACCAACCGAUAAAUUCCCAGGGGUGGAAACAAAAGAGCAAUUUCUAGAAGCAGGUGAGAAGGAUCCUAAAGACCCUCUCACUUCCUGUCCCUGAUGUCUCUGUCCACCUGGGGCAAAUCCUUCACCCUUCUGGUGGAUAACAAAUUUCCACUGCCCCCAGACCCUCCCCCAAUGCCCAUCCCCAUCAAUUGGACAAGUCCUCCUGUGGACCAGGAUACAAGUACCAGUUCCUUUUACUGCCUGCCCUUCAAGUCUCCCACUUAGGAAAUGUCUCAGCUUCUGCUUGAUCUCUACUUUGCAGAGUUAUAAAGACACCUGACUGGCCUGAAGGACACCUAUGAUUGGAUCUUCUUUGAUACAGCCAGUUAGUGGGGAUUCACAUACAAUGACAAGUUAGAGACUCUUGAAGGAUAUUGAAGGGCCAUGUUGGCCCUUGCUGUUGAAAGCAUUACCUUCAAGGAUUCCUGACAGUCUUCUUCCCACAAUUACCUGGUGUCAGCAUCACAAUUUUCAAUGACUGGGUUCAAACAUCAGCCAGAAAAAGCCUCCUUAGUCCACAAC